AUGGUGGACUUUCUCAAGAAGACUUACGCUCACUGCGUCAACGCUGCUCAGGUAUGGCUGUACAAGGAGCAGCAGGCUGUGCGAUUCGUCAAUCUCAAGCCAAUUAUCGUCAUCUCGGAUGAGCUGCAGAGCGUGGCUACGUCAAGCCUAAAUCAUGAUUUCAAUAGCACUCUCAACACCAAGCACCGCUCCGAGCUGAAUCCCUCGACAUGGGAUUCAGUUCAGCUCAAGAUCCGACAGCUAGUGCUUAAGAUGGAGUAG